AUGCGACUGAAUAAUACACCCAGAGCCGAACGGGAAUUCGUACUCUAUAAUCGCAUUGAAAAGACGGGCAGUCAGUCGAUGACCAUCCUAAUUAAACAGCUGGGCGAGCAGAAUGGCUUUGGCAGCUUUCGCAAUGUGAUAACACCCAAAAGCGAUAUGGUACAGACCUUUACGGAGGAAAGGGAAUUUGUGCACCAGCUAAUGGAACUGGCCGAACCAUCGGCCUAUGUGGAGCACUCGAAUUGGGUGAAUUUCACGGCCCACGACAUGCCCAGGCCCAUCUACAUGAAUCUGGUGCGCCACCCCAUACAGAAGGUGAUCAGUUCCUACUACUAUCUGCGCCACCCGAAGAUCGUGGCCCAUACGAUGCGGCGCAGACGCAAUAAGAAAAUCCCGGAUAAGGAGUACUUCGACAUGACAUUCAAUGACUGUGUGAGGCAGCGCAUUGCUCCGCACUGUGUGUUCGAUGCCCACAAUCGGUUCAACGGCGACUGGCGAAGAUUCAACUUGCAUUUGUGCGGCAAUGCGGCGAUCUGCAAGCAGCUAAAUUCCGAGGAAACAAUGCAAAUGGCCAAGCGGAAUGUGGAGAGGGAAUACGCGGUGGUGGGCACCUGGGAGCAAACAAAUAUCACACUGGCCGUGCUCGAGGCCUACAUACCGCGUUACUUUGCAGGUGCCGCAAAGAUCUAUUACUCACAAACCAAAACAUUUAAGAUAAACUCGACGCCGCAUGACAACAAUCUGGAUGAGGAUGUGGAGCGUUAUCUGAAGGACAGCCUCAAAUUUGAGCUUGAGUUGUACCAGUUCAUCAUGCAGCGACUGUACAUGCAGUAUAUAGCCAUCAAUAAGCAGCGAUUCGUGGAUAUACACAUCUAGUCUAACUAAGAACGAUAUUUAAGACUAGUUCUCCUAUGAUCUAC